UUUGCAGGACGUACACAUGACGCCAAAUAUGCCCUAUAUCACAUCGGCCAACAGGCAACAUCCGGUGUUAAACAAUUUGCCGAAACGGGUAAAAGUGAAAUAUUGGACACACAAUUAGGCGAACAGCAACAACUGCAAAUGCAACAACAAAAACAACAAACACAGAAAUCUACAUCAUCUAGCACGACAUCCUCAUCGUCCUCGUCCGCAUCGACGUCUACAACAACACGCAACAAUCAUAAUACGCCGACAGCUGUUCCGACCGGCGAACGUAACAUUUUCGAUGAAUUCAAUUUACCGGCCAUUAACCAGGGUGCGGGUCGCAGCGAGGCAAAAUUCUUUGUCGAUAGCAAUCACAGUUUGGUGUCAUUAAUGACACGCAUCGUACCAUCACCGGAUUGGUUUAUAGGGGUCGAUUCAUUUCAGCUCUGUGUUGGUGGCUCCUGGAUCGACACUGUCACCGUGGAAAUGGACCCCUUGGAUGCUGGCACCGAUAAUGGCUUCACCUUUACCGCUCCCAAUUGGCCAACAUCGCCGCAGGGUGUUAUCUAUCGUAUAACAUCACGUUAUCCCGCACAUCCGGCGGGAAGUUUUUUCUAUCCGAAAAGUAAACGUUUGCCGCCCAUGGCGACAUUUCAAUUUAUAAAGCUCAAAGAAUACGAACUCAGCGAAGUGUUCAACUUCGCCGAAGACGACCGCAAAUAUGAGACCGUGAAGACACAAACGCAUCUGGAAAUGGAACACAAUCAUGUCGAAAUGAAUAACGAACUGUCGGCCAGUAUAGAACGUGAAAGGCAAAAUGAGGUGGGACCACAGCCGACAAGGGCCUCGGAAAGAGAUCGCAUACGCUCUAAGCUGCUGGAGAAAAUGAAUCCAAUGAACAACAAUUCCCAGCCCUAUAAUGUGGUACCGAAAAACGAUAAAAAUGCCAUUAUGCAAAAUAUUGCCAACAGCUAUAGACGCUCAGAUUUAACAGCAUCAUCGGUCACCUCGUCCUCAUCCUCGUCAUCAUCAUCAGCCGCAGGAAAUCAAGCAUCCAUGUCGUCAUCAUCAUCAGCUAACACCUAUACGACCACAAAUCGUCGACGUCGUACGAAACGUCCACGCGAUUGUCGUGUUAGCCACUGGUCAGAGUGGUCAGCCUGCAGCAAGACAUGCGGUAUUGGUGAAAUGCAUCGAUAUCGGAAAAUUAUCAAACAUGGCAAACGGGGUGGCCGGCCCUGUCCGCCAUUGAAGGAAUCGAAGUGGUGUGGCUCGGAAAAGGGUUGCCAUGCGCCAGAGACCUAUUUUAAUUGGUCUGAUACAUGAAUCUAAGCGAGCAAACCAACCGUAUAAAACCUCUUUCAAAAAGGCGUAUUAUAUUUUUUAUUAAUUUUAAUUUUUUUA